GCGCGGGCGGCAGGCGGGGCUUGCGGGUGCCCUCUGCGGCGUCGGAGCGGGAGCCAUGGGGCUGGGGCAGAACGGCGCCGUGCGGGUUGAAUGGAUUGCUGCAGUCUCCUUAGCUGCUGGAGCAGCUGCUGUUGGGUACCUAGCUUACAAAAAAUUUCUCUCGAAAGACAAGUGCUGCAAGGCAGUGGUGAAUCCCCAUAUCCAGAAGGAUAACCCCAAGGUAGUCCAUGCAUUUGAUAUGGAAGACCUGGGAGACAAGGCUGUCUACUGUCGUUGUUGGAGAUCUAAGAAGUUCCCACUGUGUGAUGGCUCUCACACAAAGCACAACGAGGAGACUGGUGACAACGUUGGGCCUCUGAUCAUCAAGAGGAAGGAGGCGUAGAGUGGACAGUAGAAGCUACAAAACCAAUGUCUGACAAAUCCUCUGCUCACUUGUAAUUGGGGGGGAAAAAACCACAAAUUCUUUGUCAUGUCACUGAAGACUUUCCAGUGUAGUAUAUACAUCAGGCUUCAGCAUGUGUAUUUUCUCUGGUGCUUGUCUGGUUUUAAUCACUACAAUGCAUAAUGUACUAAAUAGUCAUGGUUUAAAUUUCUUGUCCUGUGAAGUGUGUGUACCCUGUCACUGAGUAUGAAACUGAAAUGACGCUCAGAAUGUACUUAAUCAGAAAAUAGGUAUUAAAUUAUUUUCAAAUACGUAUGUGCUGCUCUGAGGCUGUUCAGCAGCAUGUGUGUUGGAAAGGUAGAUCCUAAAAUCCUGGAGAGGUUUUGAAGUCCUAAAGUCACAGGUCUGGAUAGAUUUCUAGGUAAAAGGCAGUGGCAGGAAAGAAAUAAGGGUGCCAAAAUGCAGCUUAACCUCUGAUGAUGCUGCAUUUUCUGCAGACACCAUGUUUGGCCUGCCAGACUACUGUUCUGGCUGGCUUCUGUAGGAGAACAACUUUAAAAUUGCUAACUACAAACAGACAACAUAAAAAGACUGAGACCAAGAUGGGGCUAAAGGGUAUCUUUACGUUUGAUUUUACAGCAGUGUUGAAACUUGACCCUACUACUCUAUGGUAUCAAGAGCAUCCUACCAGAACUGCAGACCUGUUUCUAGAGUAGGAUUAGGAAGAUGGUCUCUGUGAGAGUUUUCUUAAUAGAGAAGUGGAAUGGUAGAAAGUGCUCAAAGAAUGAUGGGCAGGGGAUGGCAGGGUUGUCUUUGCUGCUAGAAAGCCUUAGUUUCACUUGCAGUCUCUAGCAGUGAAGCUAACUUCCGCAGACCACAGGACGCUUCUGUGGGGGAGGCAAUGCUGAUUUAUUCCAGAAGCUAAAAUAAAAACUAAAACCCACCCAUCAUGACUGUCUGCUUCAUCAUUGCUCUGGCUGGUUCCGGAGGACUCUUCCCGCUGUGGAGGGAGGAGACACACCUUUCUAAGUGGCCUUAGGCUCAAUGUGUCUUAAAAAAACCCUCCUGCCUCCCUGGGCUAACCUGUUAGUGUGGUUGAGCUGAUUUUACCAAAAGAACUGACAUGGGCAAGGAAAGGCUCUGGCAAUGGCUAGAAACAAGGGAGAAAGGAAGGAUGAGAGAAGAGAGCUCUUGUCCUCCUUCUGUAUGGCACUCGUCUGACACAGCUGCAUUAAUAGCCAUCAUGUUGGUUUCCUUAAAAUAGCUUUGAUUUAUUAGCAUGCAAAUUACUACAAACCAAAGCCCAAAGAGGGGUGUGGCAGAGGGCAGUUGGGAAUUCAGCCUGGUCCAUCAGCACAAUUGCAGCCUGCAUGAGAGUGAGCUCUCGGUGUCCUGGCACAGGGAGACUACCUCACAGCUAGGGGAAAGGCCUUCUCAAGAAGCUGACAUUUUAACCAGGACCCUUAAGGACUGGGGGACUAGAGGUUUUAUUUAAUAUUUUUGUUUUUAAGGGUUUGACUGGCACAAGUCAUAAAGAUUGAAGAAAAUGUUUUGCAUAUUCUUGAGACCUGCAGGGGCUGAGUUCUUAGGUGACUGAUGUGAAUUUUGGCAGAGGGCAUGAAAAGCAGGGAAGGUGGCUCAGAGGCAGAGAAAGGGUUUGCAGGUUUGCUACAGUAGGGGCAACUACUGGCUGUAAGAGGCCUCUACUUGUAAGAAGUUGCAGUCAAACACAUUUCAUUUCUACCUUUUCUUCCUGUCUUGACUGUAAAGGAACUUGAUAUUUUUUACUUGGCCAAGCACUGAUGCCUGUGGAAAGUUGUUUUAAAUGAUCAAAUACAUUGCUUUUAUCUGAAAAACGAAGUUGUUUCUGUAUUAUUAGAAUAUGGCACUGGAUAUUUCUGUAUUUCUGUCAAAUACACAUUUGAGCUCAUCUUCA